AUGGCAGGGAAACCCAUUCUUCACUAUUUUGAUGGACGGGGCAGAAUGGAGUCCAUCCGAUGGCUCUUGGCUGCAGCUGGUGAAGAGUUUGAAGAGAAAUUCAUGAAAACUCGAGAAGACUUGGAACAGUUAAGAAAAGAUGGGAGUUUGAUGUUCCAGCAGGUGCCCAUGGUGGAGAUAGAUGGAAUGAAGCUGGUGCAGACCAGAGCCAUUCUCAACUACAUUGCUGCCAAAUACAACCUCUAUGGGAAGGACAUUAAGGAGAGAGCCCUAAUUGAUAUUUAUUCAGAAGGUGUGGCAGAUUUGAAUGAAAUAAUUCUUCAUUACCCUUUCCUUCCACCUGGGGACAAAGAUGGAAGCCUUACUCAGAUCAAAGAGAAAUCUAGAAAUUUUCCUGCCUUCGAGAAGGUGUUAAAGAGCCAUGGGCAAGACUACCUGGUUGGCAACAGGCUGAGCAAGGCUGACGUUGAGCAAGUGCCCUUGUCUUUGCACACUGAGUCUAUCCAAGCAAGUCUCCUUCCAUCUUUUCUUCCCUCAGUUCGAGCCCUGAAAACCAGAGUCAGCAACCUGCCCACAGUGAAGAAGUUUCUGCAGCCUGGCAGCCAGAGGAAGCCCUUUGAAGAUGAGAAAUUUGUUGAAGAAUUAAAGAAGAGUUUUGGUUAAAUAAGGCUGGACAUUCAAAAUCAAUAUUCUACAUUUUUUGUAACAAUGAAAUGCUUUGCCUAAAUGUUGAUACUGAUUAUUGUGAAUCUAAAAAGGCUUUCCAAAGUUAAUGUACUAAUUCAGUUAGAAAUGAGCUAUGCAGAAUUCUUUGCAAUCCAAUCUAUUUGGUUUUGAUGAAGUCUGAAAUCCUGAUCACCUCCUAGGAUAUAUUGAAUUUAAAUAAAAAAGAGCAUAUAUCCAAAAAUUGUCAUAUAACAUCUGUCAUAUACUAUGUCAAAGAAAAUUAUGUAGAAAUUUUCAAACCAUAUUCUGAUAUGCAAAAAUGGUCUUUCUUUUUUGUGUUUUGUUUCCUUUCUCACCUAAAUCAACAAAUUUUGUAAAGAAUCAUUUUCCUUCAGGUUACCAAUCUUUUUGUCCAAUUAUACAUCCUGCAUAUUUAUAUCUAAUACGGAACAUUCUGUACUCUGGGAGCUAGUAAAUAAUGAUGAAUAAGCCAGAUACAGUUUCUGCCCUCAUGGACGUUACUCUAGUGAUAGAAACAAAUAAAAAAAGAGAAUUCUAAUCUGAAAUCAUAUAUACCAUAUGCAUCACAUUCCUAAGGCUGCUACAAGAAAUUCUUGCAAACUUGAUGGUUUAAAAUAAUGGAAAUUCAUUCUCUUGCAGUUCUGGAGCUAAGUCUGAAGUCAAUGCAUGAGUUAUGCCAUGGUUUCUCUGAAGGCUUUAGAGAAAGCUCCUUCUUAGCCUCUUCCUAGUAUCUGAUAGAAGCCUGCCAUUCUUUCUUGACUUUUUGUCACAACACUCUAAUCUCUGCCUCCAUGGUCACAGGACAUUCUCCCUGUGUGUUGCCUUUCCAAACUGCCCUCUUUUUAUGAGGACACCAGCAGUUUGAUUAGGAGCUGCCUUAAUUCAAUGUGACCUCGACUAGAUUAUUUCUGCAGAAACGCUUUCCAUAUAAGGUCACAUUGACAGAUAGUCAGGGUAAGGACUUACACAUAGCCUUCUGGACAGAACUUCAUCUACUCACCAUGAGUUAAUGCUAGGAGUGCACCAUCAGUAGGCAUCUGCUGGGAUCUGUGGGUGAGAUAGGUUUCUCAAGGAGGGGAAUGAUAUCUGAGGUGAGAUAAGCAGGAGGGUCAAUCAGUGAGGGGGGUGGCACCAGCACUGGGCAGCAGGAGUAGAAUCCAGGCAGAGAUCAGCACAAUCAGUGGCCAAGAAGAGAGGCCAAUCAUCAAGUAUUUGAGGAAAGAGAACACAGGCUCUUAGGGGAGCAUUAAAGCUUAAGACAGGGAAGAGUGACCCUGAGGGGGAGAUCAGGGAACAGGACUCAGAGUCACUUAGAAGACCAUAGAAAGAAGUUAUAUUUUGUCUUAAGGAAAACAGGAAAUCAUAAAAUACAAUCAUAUACCUUACCUUGUCAGAAUGACAAUAAAACUGCAUUUAAAAAAUUAUUUUAAGUAACUCAAGCAUCCUUCUCAGUAUAAUAAAGACAAUUUUCCUCCU